UCUUUUCUUGGCCUUCUCUUCUUCCCCCCCCUCUCUCUCUCUCUGCUGGCGCAGGGCAGAUAUUUUUGCUCCGAUGAGAGUAUACAUCUCGGCCUCUUCCUCAUCCCUAUCCCUCCAUCUCCACGAGGAAGACGACGGACCAACAAAUCCAGCGGAUCUUUUCCCCUCUUCUCCGUCGACCUGCGAUUUUCCCUGACAAAAUCCACGGAAAAUAUCCUCGCUUUCUCCCUGAUUUGGCCGUCCGGCGACAGUUCUUGGGCGGAGGAGGGACCAACCGCCCGGAUCCAUGGGGGACGUGUCCACGAUUCAACGCCCGCCCGGCACUGCCGCCAAGCAGGGUGAUCAGGUUGGAGAGCUGGUGUCGGCCGGAUGGACCAACGACACCCACAACAUGUACAUCAGCUCCAUGGAGGCGUCCUUCAUGCAGCAGCUCCGUGGCCAGCAGCAGCACCACCACCACGCCGCUCCCGACAGGAACAUCACCCAUGUGGGUCUUGUUGGCCAUGGGCUCAAGCCAUACCAAGAGGGAGCCUCCGAUAACCUCGGUUCUGAGAAGAACGUGCCUCGCCCGCGUGAUGUGGGUGCACGAGGCCUGCCCGAGGAUCCGUGGGCGAGGCGCUUCAAGCCACGCGAUUCUGCUAUGAAUCGUCGUGGCGAUGGGGUUGGUGCUUCCGAUGGUGAAUCGGGCACCGAUACGGUUCAAGGGAUGGCUCCGAAGCAUGGAAGAGAAGUGAUCAGUUGCGUCGGAGGAAAUCCUGUUGACAAAACCUCAGAAGUCUGCGGUCAGAACUUUCCUGAAGACGAGGUUCAUUCCGCUGCUCAGCCAAGCAAAUCGUGCAAGAAAAGGAGGCCUGCCUCUUCCACUGCUGCAGGUUCUUUCAUCUCGAUGCUCGGCGACAAGCGGUGGUGAAGGCAUACAUAUGUGUUCUUGAAAUUCUUGCUGAAGCAGUUGUGAUAGGUGACUGGUGCGGCUGCUAAUCUUUUUAACUCGGCGGAUAGCUCUCGAUUGGCCUGUCCUUUCGGCAUGAAGGGAAGGCAAUUCAUUGGUGAUUUGUGUCUAGUAUCCUCUCUGCAGAGCAUCAGGCUCAAGUUUGCAGAUCUGCUAGAGUGGAGGUGUGAUGUGAUGCCUUGUGGUGGUGUAUUUCUUCAGUGUCUGCUGUCUGCAAGCAAAUCAACGGUUGCUUGCCACGGCAAAAUUGUAUUGGAGAGUUUAUACUACAUAACUUUUGAUGUCACAUGGAUGCAAUAAACUUGUUUGGUUCAGAGACA